GGCAAAGAAAAGAGAGAUUAUAGCGAGAGGGUAAAUGUAUCUGAAUAUGUUCCAAAGUUUUGUUCGUCUUUCUCUCUCUAAACUGGCCAGUUUCAGUUUAGGCGUCUGCUCACUGCUUCUGUGAUUUUUCUUUUUGAGAUUUAUGUUAUUCUUGUGUGGUUUUUGAACGGACAUUUCUUUGUCUUCAACUGAGAGAUUUUGCUGAUUGUUCAUCUACCUGACAAAGGUAGGGGAAGAAGGAACAAACAAUUUAGAAAAGCUUUAGGUACCUGGUUUGUACCUCUAGAUUCAGCAAAACUUGAUCAACCCUACAGCGGCUUUUUUUUUUUUGUUUUAAAUUUAUUUCAUCUGAUCUAACUCUCGUUUGAACUGGGUUUGUUUUUCUAUUUUCUUUUUUUUAAAUCUAUCUAUUAGUUGAUUUCUGGGGGCAGGAGUUGAGGUUAAAAGAGGUAGCAAUUUUUUGUUUGGUGAUAAAUUUUUCCGGGUUUCUCGAGGCGUGAAGUGCGGUGGUGGUGGUGGGGAUUAGGUGGGGUUUGGAUGAUAAGGGCGUUUGGAAAAUUAGGGUUUGUGAGAGAGGAUGGGUUUGGAUGGCGAAGAUGGUAAAGUGAAAUCUUGGGAGGUGUGCAAAUCAAAGGGGAGGAAGAAGAAGAAAGUUGAAGAAGAAGAUAAUGAUGACGACAGUGGUGGUUGUGCUGUGGAGACUGGGUGCUGGGUCAAGCUAAGGUUCAUCGGCAGCUGCAUUUCUUCGAGAUCCAAAGUUGAUACCUCCAUUAGUGGGACGAGUGCUCAUUUCGUGGAGAGCAGAUCUACUAAUGAUACAAGUAGAGACCAGCCAGUAGCUCCUGCAGUUUCGUCUACUACUACUACUACAAGUAAUACAGAGAGCAAUUCUUCCACCUCCAGACUCGAAGAAGAGCUUAAGGUUGCUUCUCGGCUACGGAAGUUUACAUUUAAUGAUCUUAAGUUAGCAACAAGAAAUUUUAGACCUGAGAGUCUCCUCGGGGAAGGUGGUUUUGGUUGCGUGUUCAAGGGUUGGAUUGAAGAAAAUGGAACUGCUCCGGUUAAACCUGGCACAGGGCUAACAGUUGCUGUUAAAACCCUCAAUCAUGAUGGUCUUCAGGGUCAUAAAGAAUGGCUGGCUGAAGUAAGUUUUCUCGGAGAUCUAGUUCACCCUAACUUGGUUAAAUUGAUUGGUUACUGCAUUGAGGACGAUCAGAGACUGCUUGUGUACGAGUUUAUGCCUCGAGGAAGCUUGGAAAACCACCUGUUUAGAAGGUCUUUACCUCUUCCAUGGUCCAUAAGGAUGAAAAUCGCCCUAGGUGCUGCAAAGGGUCUUGCCUUUCUUCAUGAAGAAGCAGAAAGGCCUGUAAUAUAUCGUGAUUUCAAAACCUCCAAUAUACUAUUAGAUGCGGACUACAAUGCGAAGCUCUCCGACUUUGGGCUUGCAAAAGAUGGUCCUGAAGGGGACAAAACCCAUGUAUCAACUCGAGUGAUGGGAACGUAUGGCUAUGCGGCCCCAGAAUAUGUAAUGACUGGACAUCUUACAUCAAGGAGUGAUGUGUACAGCUUUGGGGUGGUUUUGCUUGAAAUGUUAACCGGCAGGAGAUCCAUGGACAAAACCAGACCGAAUGGGGAGCAUAAUCUUGUAGAAUGGGCCCGGCCACAUCUUGGAGAGAGGAGAAGAUUCUACAGGUUGAUAGACCCCAAGCUAGAAGGUCACUUCUCAAUCAAAGGUGCUCAGAAAGCUGCGCAGCUGGCUGCUCACUGCCUCAGCCGGGAUCCAAAAGCGAGACCUUUAAUGAGUGAAGUUGUUGAAGCUCUGAAGCCUCUGCCGAACCUGAAGGACAUGGCGAGUUCGUCAUAUUUUUUCCAGACCAUGCAAGCUGACCGCGUUGGUUCAAGCCCUAACACAAGAAAUGGGAUACGAUCACAACCUGGGUCAUUUUCGAAGAAUGGGCAACAGAGGAGCCUUUCGAUUCCAAAUGGUUCCCAUGCUUCUCCUUAUCACUAUCAGUACCCUCGUCAAUCGCCAAAACCAAAUGCUAAGCCAUAAAAUUGAGUUGGUAAUUAUCAUCUUUUCUCGUUCUCUCUUGACCAUUUGUUUCUUCCCCUUAAGUAUAGAUGUAACUUCAAUCGAAAAGCAUUUGCUCAUGGAACAACUGAAGAAGCAACAGAGAAACAUGUGUGCUUUAUGUUGUGUUUAGAAUGACAAAUCUCUUGAGCAGAGAAAUGUCAUGUCAUGGCAGGUGAAGCGUUAUAGUGCAGAAUGUACUAAUGUCAGUCAUAUGUUGCUGCUGCAAUCUAUUUUGGAAGUGUUGGAAGAUAAUUAGCUCUUACAUCUCUAACCGCACAGGUCUUGUUCAUGAAAUCAUGCAACUUCUGUUCUAAACCUGGAUUGACUUUGAUGAGGCGAUAUUUGAAUGGUAAAUUCUGCAAUUACUGACGGUCGACUCCACCGGCCCUGCAGAGUUUACCCAGUUGCUGUAAAAGUAACAGUGACAUGUUUUAAGUGGGUAAUGAGAAGCUUAUGGUUGUUUUUUU